AUGGGAGCCAGUGUGUCUUCACCUGACAGAAAGAUCGUACUUGGGAAAACCGGAGAUGGAAAAAGCAGCACUGGAAACACAAUCCUUAGAAAAACCAUUUUCACCCCAGAUGCUUCACCAAAUUCCGUAACAGUUACAUCUGUAAGAGGAGAGAGGAAGGUUUAUGGACAGAAGAUCACAGUUAUUGACACUCCUGGAGUCCUUGACACAGAUCGUGAUGAUGAGACCAUCAAAUCUGAGAUCGUUAGAUCCAUUAUUAAUUGCGCUGCAGGCGUUGAUGCCUUUGUCAUUGUUCUAAAAGUUGAAAGGUACACAAGACACGAAAGAGAGAUUGUGAAUGAAAUAGGAAAGUAUUGUGGAGAGGACGCCUUUAAACAUGCAGUGGUUUUAUUCACUUACGGCGAAGAUCUAGAGGGUCAAACCAUUGAAGAAUUUGUUCAGAAAAGUCCACAACUACAGGAGCUUGUUGAUAAAUGUGGAGGUCGCUGUCACGUCAUUGACAGUAAACACUGGAGAAAAUGUCUCCAUUGCCCCUGUAGUUGUGGAUACAAAAGCAACAGAAUCCAGGUUAAAAAUCUGCUGGAUACCAUAAAUGAAAUGGUUCAUGAGAACGGCCGCUACAACAAUGAGAUACUUCAAAUUGUGGAGGAGAUGAUGAUUCGAGAGAUGAUGAAUACAAAUGAAGACACAGUGUCUCCAAACCAGCAGCGAGAGAGAGCAGAAAGGAUUGUGCAUGAUAAUCUAAUGAUGAAACUUGCAGGUGCAUCAAUAGGGGCUCUAACUGGUGCUUUAUCAGGCAUUGUUGGUAGUGUUGCAAUAGCUUUGACCUGCCUUAAAGAAGCCAGCACUUCAGAGUUGCAGGGCUUUCAGGAUUCAUUGCAGGAGGAGCUACAGGAUGGGAAGCAGCAAAAGAAGCUGAUUCUGUAUCUGAUGCUGUAA